AUGUCUUCUCCGCCACCAACGAAGCCCCCACGGGGUGUUAAACAAGGGAAAGAAACGAGUGGUCUUCUAAUGUCUGUUAUUCGGACCUUAUCAGCAAGUGAGACAAAUGAGCAGCGUGAAAAGGAGAGGGCUAAAUUGGAAAAGGAGUAUAAAAAGAGUGAUGCCAGACUUGAUGAGCUGGUUGCUGCACAUUCACAAGAAAUUACGGAAGUCAUGCAGAAAUUCACUAGUGUUGGUGCAGCCUUAAGUGCUUGGGGUUCUCAUAAUGCAGCAGCAGUUGCCAGAUUAGCAGCUUGCAGAGCACUACUACGUCUACGUCGUGCUGACUUACGCCGUUUGUGGGCUGAUGCUCGUGCACAUCACCAUGCCUUGCAAAUGUUAGCUGAUAUAGAGCGUGUGGUGGUGUCAGAGCGUUCAUGCAGAGAGCUCGCUAGCGCGGGCCGCGUGCUGGCGGCAGCACACGCUCUGCAGACCGCCCUGCACACGCGCCGCACGCAGCUGCCGCACGUGCGCGCGCUCUCCGCCACCGCGGACAGUCUGCAGGCCAAAAAGUUGGAGUUAGUGGACCAGAUAGUCCGUAGGCUGAGUGACGCCGUGUACCGCAGCGAGCGUGCACCUCUGACACGAAGGCUGUCGGCACGACGGCGCACUGCCUUACUAUUAGCUGAGCUGACAAAGAGCGACGAAGUGACAGACUCGUAUUUACAAGACAUAACUCCAGAAUUUGAAGCUUCUUUAUCAGAGGAAGACAAAACAUUCGAGACGACUGUUAUGAUAUCGCUGGAGGCAUUGGGUGUGUUGGAGCAGCUCCAGGAAGCCACAGAGAAAUUCAAAGUCCAAAUCCAAACGGAGCUAUUGGAAGUGAUCGAUUCGAUAUCACGUCGCAUCAUUGAGGAGGGCGAUGUAGAAGCGGAGCCUGAGUGCGAGGAGGACGGCGAUAUGCCUGAGAACGAGGGUGUGACAGAGACAGGGCGAGCACUUGCGAGGUUUGUUACGUGCUUGGGAGAGGAGUUUAGAGCCUGUGGAGCGAGGAAUAAGAGGCUUUUACAACUUUGGCGCGCUGCCUUGCAGAAGUAUCGACUACCCGACACGACGUUGCACACGGAACAACACUACUGGAGUGCCGUACAGCAAGUUCUGCAACUGCUGCUGACGGAGUACCUGGAGAUCGAGAGCGUGACCCUGGCAGCGCAGCGGUCUAACAACGUGGCCUCGGAACCCGCCACGGAACUCCGUCUGGCGGACUACUUUGCAAAGAAACGACCGCCUAGACGCCGUAGCAAACUAUUCCGGCUUGCAGCGGUGACUACAUUGGGAAGUCCCGCUGCGAGCGGUUCGCGAAGGCAGCGCUAUCCGCUGGUGUGCCGGCCUCAACCCGCGCUGUUGCACGCCGCGCUGCCAGCGCUGCACCCGCUGUGCGCGCACAUCGAGUCGCUGCCUGGGGGCGGCGAGUGUUCGCUGCGCGCGUUCGUGACGGACUACGUGCGGUGGGGCGAGAGCGAGCGCCUGGCGCGGGACGCGCGCAUGCGGAUUGACGCCGCCGCGCGCGCGCCGCACGCCUGGCGCGAGCGCGCGCUCCCGCACGACACAGCUGCUGCGCCCAAGUACGUGCAAUCUCACAAAACUCGAACACAACCCACUAAUACAAGUUUCAACACAGAUACAACCCAGUGA